CUCGAUCAAUUGGGACCCAUGAACUCAUCAGCAGAGCGGACUAACGCUCCACCGCGGCGAAAGACCUGCGAGGCCUGCAAGAUAGCCAAGCGCCGUUGUGAUCUCGCCUGGCCAGCUUGCUUCCGAUGUGCCCGCCGCAACCAGAUCUGUGUGUAUCCUGGUAGACAACCACAAAGCAUGGACAUACAGGCAACAUCGCUUGCAAUGCAUUCCUUGGAAGGCCCUUUUUUACCGGUCCAUGCCGAGGCCCAGUGUGUGACCGAUAUCCACUUGCACCUCCCAGAGGUAGACUCAUUAUGUGCUCUUGAGCUUCCCACUCCCGAAACGGAAGCAACCAACCUUUUGGCCCAAUGCCCGCCUCUGCAAACCCCUGGGCUAUUGCUGACACAGGAAGGUCCGAGUCCCACUCUGAUUAGAAUGAGGUCUUCGCUGUCUAUCUCGGCUAUUGUCACGGAGCGCUUACAAUUCGGCAUGGAUGUGCUGAAACAAGCACCAAGAAUGAUGGUCCUAGAAAACCAGACGCCCUGGUGCCAUCGCCAAUUGUACAAAGAUGGCAUGCCCAGGUCAAUGCAAGACGCCGUCGCCUGCUGCGCCCUGUACAUGGCUCGAAAUGAGAUCAAUGCUCCUGUCAUCCUCUCUUCCUUCAAAACCCGCAUUGACGACUUGCUCGCUUCCCCGCCUCCAAAAACACCGCUUGAAGCACUCGCCCAUACACAGUCCUUGAUACUGUAUCAGAUAAUGCGCCUGUUCGACGGAGACAUCCACGCCCGGCUGUCCGCCGAACCUCUAAUUCCUAUGCUGGAAACAUCGGCCUUCAGCCUUCUGAACUAUGUUUACUUCCCGGCUGCAGAGCCCGACACUGCCCUGACUGCACCCAUGGAUGCUGUCAUGCAGUCCUGGACUGAGUGGGUAUAUCAGGAAUCUGCGCGUCGCACCGCCCUCUUCACGUUUUAUUUGGUGCAGAUAUACCGUUUAGUCACGGGUGAGAACAAUCUCAGCUGCGACGGCCGUUUGGGCCUCAUCCACUCAUGGUAUUUAUCAGCGUAUCUGUGGAGUGCACAGACUGCAUUUGACUUUGCCGUUGCAUGGAACGAGAACCAGCAUUUUGUGGUCUGCAAUGCAGAUUUUGGCCAUGUGCUUGAACGCGCGCGACCGUCGGAUGUGGAUGUGUUUGGACGGAUGCUCCUCAGUACGCUUUUAGGAAUUGAUCAGGCCAAGGCCUGGUUUUACUCCCGAGGAGCAAUUCUGUAAAUUCAUGAACCGAAGUCAUUACGGCACAUAUUGCAUCGAUAGUUCAUCACCACCUUCGAUCGACCUUCGAUCUCCACAGAGCACACAGACUUUGGCUCCCAUGCGGGCUCGGGCGGAUAUCCCUCCGGCAUCCGUCUCCAGCCUUUCAAGUUUCGGAUUAGCGGUAUGGCACCGUCCUGCUUGCUGCCCUUGAGCCCAGCCCAUGUUCCUUGUCCGCUGCUUAGCACCAAGUUUGGUCAUACCACAUCUUCGCGGCUGGCCGGGAACUACAAUAGUGCAUGCGAGGGACUAGAAGAGCCUGGGUAUUGAAGAGCAGAUCAAGGUCAGACUAGUCAUAGCGAGGUCAAUGCUUCAAAUGCAUUGCAGCUUCUCCGGUGUCCUGGAAUGAUGGGGGCGCUAAUGCAAGGCCAUGUGACUUGGCCAGCCUGACAGUCAACUGCAGUCUCCAAUUAGCCCCAAGGCGCUCUGGUGCUGAUGAGGCAAUUAUGGUGUCCUCUGAAGCUGUCGCUUCAGCUAAACCCAUAAUGAUUUGAUCGGUACCAUCCAUGAAAAUCUCGGUUUCCCCAUCGUAUUGCGGUCCCUGGAAUCGGCAGUGGGGUUCGACCGGUCAUUAAUGAUUCUUAGC